AUGCAGCACGCUCCAGCGACGAUCGAGGAACAGUUGUUACUAAAAGCAAUCAAAGAAGAAUGUCAGUGGGAGAAUCUCCCGAAACGGCUUCAAGUGACAUUGUCUUCGAAAGAAGAAUGGCAUAGAAGGGUAAUUGAGCAUUGCAUAAAGAAAAGACUCCCAUGGAACACUUGUUUUGCUCGAAAAGUAUGCAAAGAAAGUGAAUAUUAUGAAGACAUGAUGCGGAAAGUAUCUGGGGGAGUAUCUGUGCCUCAUAGGGAAUCAGAUGAGGGAAAGUUGUCAGGAAAUUAUUGCAGUAGAGAUCUAAAAAAUGCAGUGGAUGAGUUAAGAUACGUUGAAAGCAUGAAAGAACAACCUUAUGACAGCAUCCCCAAUUUUAGCGCUGCAGAUGCCUUGCGGCUUACAGGGAUAGGGAGAAACGAAUUUAUUGAUAUAAUGAAUAAGUGCAGAUCUAAGAAAAUUAUGUGGAAGCUCAACAAGUCAAUUGCAAAAGAACUUUUACCUACACAACCCGUGGAUUUUGCAAUUGAUCCAUGGUGGGGAAUUUGUCUUGUGAAUUUCACACUGGAAGAAUUUAAGAAACUCUCGGAGGAAGAAAUGGCAACAAUAGAUAAAAUAUGUAAAGAGGAAGCAAAUUCAUAUAUCCUGUUCGAUCCUGAUAUUGUUAAGGGUCUUCACCAACGAGGAUUAAUAUACUUUGAUGUCCCUGUUUAUCCUGAUGAUCGUUUCAAAGUUUCCAGGCUUGAAGGGUUUGUUUCCAACAGGGAGCAAUCUUACGAAGAUCCUAUAGAGGAGUUGCUAUAUGCAGUUUUCGUUGUUUCAAGCGAGCAUGCAACUGUUGCCGAACUGGCAACAACAUUACAGGCUGACCUUGCACAACUGCAGGCUGCUGCGUCUUUUGCAUGUCGAUUGGGAUGGGCAGUAAAAGUAUUUGAUCCAGCAUCUGUUCUUCGAGAUACAAGUUUACCUGGAUCUCCUAGAAACAGUCUCAGUGAUGAAGAUGCUUCUCGUCGUAGUAUAAGCUCAGCAAAUAUGUUUGCUGAUGGUGAUGCUAGUCUACAAGGAGAUGUUUCAGGGACAGAAAACUAUGGCCUAAGUUCUUCAUAUGAUCGCGUUGCGUUUGUUGUUGAUGCUAACAUAACAUCCUAUCUUAUGAUGGGGUCUGUUUCACCAGGUUUGAAAUCUCAUGCUGUAACACUUUAUGAAGCGGGAAAGUUGGGUCAUGCUAGUAUUACGGAUCUUUGCAAGGAUCUGAGUACGCUAGAGGGAACAAAAUUUGAAGGAGAACUACAGGAAUUUGCAAAUCAUGCAUUUAGCCUCCGUUGUGUUCUGGAAUGCCUUCAAUCGGGAGGAGUUGCAACUGAUGUGAAAACAGAUGAAGUUUGCAAUAACAUGGAUAUGAUAGCUUCAAACAACGAUGAGGCCACACUCAUAGCUGAUGUAACUUUGACUGAAACAUCAGGACACUUGACUGGGCAAGAAGUUGGGUUCGAUGAUGAUGUUUCUGUGAAAUCAGGGAUGCCCCAGGAAGGUUCUGUUUUGGCUGAACCUGUUGGUGAUGGAAGUGAUGAAAUAGUAAUUGGUACUUCAUCAGAAGAUAGCACCAGCUUAACUGAAGUCCCUAAAUCAGACUUGAAUCUGCAGAGUAAUGAGAAAGAGGUGCGUGAUGAAGGGUCAGAUGUUGGAAAAGAAAUGUUAAAGAGGAAAAAUAAAUUCCGAGUGGAUAUCCUUCGCUGUGAAAGCUUGGCGUCUCUUGCACCAGCAACUUUAGAUCGGUUGUUUCGUCGUGACUAUGAUAUUGUUGUGUCUAUGAUUCCUCUUCCACCUUCGUCAGUACUUCCUGGACCAGCAGGUCCUUUUAAUUUUGGUCCUCCCUCUUAUUCAUGCAUGACACCUUGGAUGAAAUUAGUGUUGUACUCAACUGUGGCCUGUGGACCUCUAUCAGUUAUUCUGAUGAAAGGACAAUGUUUACGCUUGCUUCCUGCCCCACUGGCUGGUUGUGAGAAGGCCCUUUUGUGGUCUUGGGAUGGUUCUACAAUUGGAGGUUUGGGAGGCAAGUUUGAAGGAAAUCUGGUAAAGGGAAGCAUACUUUUACAUUGUUUAAAUUCACUUCUUAAAUACUCUGCUGUACUAGUGCAGCCCCUCAGUAAGUAUGACCUUGAUGAAUCUGGAAGAAUCAUCACUAUGGAUAUUCCAUUACCCCUAAAGAACUCUGAUGGUUCAGUUGCUUGCAUAGGGAAGGAAUUGGACAUGUGCGAGAAGGAAAGUUCAAAACUGAAUUCUCUGUUAGUUGAUUUGACAAGUAAGAUAGAGUUGUGGACAGUUGGCUAUAUUCGCUUGUUGAAACUUUUUAAAGAAAGAGAUUCAGACCACUUUGCACCUGAUGAUGAGAAGUUUGAAUGGGUCCCGUUGAGUGUUGAAUUUGGGAUGCCACUGUUUAGUCCAAAAUUAUGCAAUAAUAUAUGUAAAAGAGUGGUCUCAUCGCAAUUACUUCAAAAAGAUUUACUCACUGAACAUCACGAUGCGAUGCAAAGCUUACGGAAAAGGUUGCGUGAUGUUUGUGCAGAGUACCAAGCAACAGGUCCUGCUGCUAAACUUCUUUACCAGAAAGAGCAAUCAAAGGACUUUUCACGACAUCUCAUGAAUUAUGCAAGUGGAAGGUGGAAUCCACUUGUCGACUCUUCUUCUCCCAUUUCAGGAGCCUCGAGUGAGCAUCAGAGACUCAAACUUGCUAACCGACAUCGUUCCCGAACUGAAGUUUUGAGCUUUGAUGGAAGCAUUCUAAGAUCAUAUGCUCUAUCUCCUGUUUAUGAGGCUGCCACAAGGCCUGUUGAAGAAGCCCCUCCAGUUAGCACUACAAAAGUUGAGCAAGAAGAAGCUGACAGCAGAGAAGUAGUCCUUCCUGGUGUUAAUCUUGUUUUUGAUGGCUCUGAGUUGCACCCCUUCGAGAUAGGUGCUUGUCUACAGGCUCGUCAACCAGUCUCAUUAAUAGCAGAGGCAGCAGCUGCCUCUGCAUUGGCUCGUCUGCCCAUAUUUGAGGUUGGUCAAUGCACAUCAGCUCCAGCUUUGUUCAAAGGAAGGCGUUUUCGUACAAAACUUUGUCAGAUUAUGGAUACACCCCGGGGAGGUGGGGAUAAAAAAUGA